CGCUCUGCAAUUUUAUCUCUAGUCCAUCCACCUCGACGACGAUGGUGCAAGUGAAGAACAAAGUCUGCCUGAUCGUGCACGACGGGUGGGGCAUCGCCCCCGAGAAGGGCAUCAAGGGCGACGCCAUCGACGCCGGCGACACCACCCACAUGGACGCCAUCGCCAACGCGCACGCCCACCGCACGCUGCGCGCGCACGGGCUCGCCGUCGGGCUCAGCGACGGGCUCAUGGGCAACUCCGAGGUCGGGCAUCUGAAUAUCGGCGCAGGCAGGAUCGUGUGGCAGGAUAUCGUCAAGAUCGACGUGUCCAUCAAGAAGCGGCAGUUCCACAAGGAGGAGAAGAUCCUGCAGAGCUUCCGGCGCGCAAAGGACGGGAACGGGCGGCUGCACCUCCUCGGGCUCGUCUCCGACGGCGGCGUGCACUCGCACAUCAACCACCUCUUCGCGCUGCUCGAGACAGCCAAGCAGGUCGGCGUGCCGCACGUCUACAUCCACUUUUUCGGCGACGGGCGCGACACCGCGCCGCGCUCCGCCGCCAAAUACGCCAAGCAGCUCCUCGAGUUCCUCGAAAAAGAAAAGUACGGCGAGAUCGCGACCGUCGUGGGGCGGUACUACGCGAUGGACCGCGACAAGCGCUGGGAGCGGAUCAAGAUCGCCGUGGACGGGCUCGUGAACGGGGUCGGCGAGGAGGCGCGCGAUGUGGUGCAGGCGAUCGAGGGGAAGUACGAAAAGGACGAGACGGACGAGUUUCUGAAGCCGAUUAUCGUGAACGGGGAGGCCGGCAGGAUCAAGGACGGCGACACGCUGUUCUUCUUCAACUACCGCUCGGACCGCGUGCGCGAGAUCGUGACCGUGUUCGGGCUGCCCGACAAGCCGAUCGACACGCAGAUCCCGGAGAACCUCCACAUCACGACGAUGUCGCGGUACAACGCGGCGUUCCCCUUCCCCGUCGCCUUCCCGCCGCAGGCGAUGACGAACGUGCUCGCGGAGUGGCUCGCGAAGCAGGGCGUGCGCCAGGCGCACGUCGCGGAAACGGAAAAGUACGCGCACGUCACGUUCUUCUUCAACGGCGGCGUGGAGAAGCAGUUUGACGGGGAGGAGCGGUUUAUGGUGCCGAGCCCGAAGGUGCCGACGUAUGACCAGCAGCCGGAGAUGAGCGUGCAGGGCGUGGCGGACAAGGUCGCGCAGCUCGUGCGGGGCGGCGAGUACGAGUUUGUGAUGUGCAAUUUCGCGCCGCCGGAUAUGGUCGGGCACACGGGCGUGUUCGACGCGGCGGUGAAAGCCGUCGGCGCGACGGACAAGGCGGUGAAGACGGUGUACGACGCGUGCGAGGAGGCGGGGUAUAUCCUGCUCGUCACGGCGGACCACGGGAACGCGGAGCAGAUGGUGAACCCGGAGACGGGCGCGCCGCACACCGCGCACACGACGAACCCCGUGCCGUUCAUCAUGACGGGCGACCCGGCCGUGUUCAAGUUUGUGCAGGACGAGGCGAAGAAGGAUGGGGAGGAGGAGCACGAGGAGGGCGCCCUCGCGGAUGUGGCGCCGACGGUGCUGGAUGUGAUGGGGCUGCCGCAGCCGGAAGAGAUGACCGGGCGGUCGUUGCUCGCGAAGAGCGGGUGAGGUCAUCAAGAACACAGAACAAGGCAAGAGAAUAUAACUACAGGUGUAUUAUAGACUAUAGACAGAAGUAGAUGUAUAUGUAUUCUGAUGCAGCUGCGAACAAAUAUUAUGCAGACUGUAGACCCGC